GUCAAAAAUAGCUGUCAUUUCGAUAAAGCAACAUUUAUAAUUAAAUAUUCUAUUUUGUAGCAGUUUUAAAUAUUAGACAAAAUGUUGUCGGCGGCGAAAGUGCGCAUCCACGGGAUGCAAGAUGAGAAUUGGGUGAUAAAGGACAAAAUCAAUCAGUAUCGAGGACUGAUCAAGCUGUAUGAGCGAGACCGCAAGAUCCAUGAAGGGGACUUGGCGAAGCAGAAGAAGAGGUACAGCCGCGACAUCCGCCAGCUCCGCAAGGACAUCACCACCAAGCGUGAGGAGUUGGGAGUGGCCGUGUACGGAGACAAGCAAUUCCUCAGGAACGCCUUCCAGGAGCACAGGAGGCUGCAGCUCACCUAUAUGAACAGUCAGGCCGAUAAAGUGUUGGAAAGUAUUCACCAAGAAAAUUUUAAUAAGAGGAAACAGUUAGACAGAAUUCGAUAUACAAAAAAGAAAAAGAUGGAAAAGUUUCGCCUGACACAGCUAGAGUCAGCUGAGCUUCGGGACCGGGUGCUGUACGAAGUGGGGGGCAAAUUGCCGGCGGAGAAGAAGGAGCAGGCGGUCGCCAACUACGUGCAGCGCGCCAACAUUAAGAAGAACGCAGCGCUCGCUAUCAAAGUCAUGUACAAAAAGAUUCUGGAUAUACUCAAGAAGGAUUCUUCGUACUUUACUGUUGUCUUGGAGGCUUUAAAAUUGGAUUGCCGAGCUCAAGGGAAAUGUCUCAUGGGCGCAACUGAGAUGGGCCAACUAGCCAUGGAGUAUUUGGAUGAUAGAAAAUAUGAAUUCAGCAAACUGGAGAAAGAGGUUAAAGCUAAUAUGAAAGAGAGGGAAAGGACACUGAAGCUGGUGCGACGGGAGGUCGCUUAUUUGACGGAAUCCUUCCCUAAUCUUAUUCGUAAAGAGGAAGCUACGAAUCUGGAUGAUUUGUACGAGGAUGAAGAUGCUCACAGCAAGCACUCGAUCCACUGGGAGCUAGAGGAAGUGAUGGCCAUAUGCAAGAGGCUCCAGAAAGCGACGCUCGUCUCGGCCUUCGACCACAUUCUGCCAAGGCUAAAAGAGCAGCAGUACCAGACGGAUCGGCUGAUGAUGCAGUUGACACUCAACGGUGUCAAGCGAGACGCGCUCAUAGAGGACCGCAAGCACGCCCUGCUAAUGCUGGACCAGCUCAAGAACGUCGGCCAGGAGGCCACUGCACAAUAUGUGAGAGAUAAAAAACAGCUGCGUGCAGAACACGCCGCAGAGGCCAAGGAAGAAGCUGAACUGAAACGGAUGCUGGACGAAAAGGGACGCCUGAUAAUCGAGAUGAAGACCUCCCUGCAGCAGAUCAACGAACUCUUAUCAAGCGUCGGAGUGGCAACGCAGCCGCGCCCAUUCAAGAAUGUUCCUCCCGCCAUCCAGUACGCACUGGAGGACCAGAUUCAGCCAGUGCCAGAACUGGAAGCUGACUUCGACAAGUUGAUUUUGAAUGCGCGGCAGAAGCUGAACGUGCUGAUUCAGGCGAUCGCCAAAAUGGAGGUGACGGCCGAGGUCAGGGAGAACGCCAAGGUGUUCUACCACAACAUCCUCGCCCGUUUCAUGAUGGACAACUACAAGGAAGAUGUCGUCGCUGAAGGAGGACUGAUCGAGUUUGAAAUGGAAGAUCCUAACGUGCCGAGUCACGCCAUAGUGAAGCUGAGAAGCAAGCAGUUGGUCGAUGCUCAAGUAAGCGAGUUUGAUGUCCCAGCGGACGGCGGCAAGAAGUGAUGAGAUGAGGAGGUGAUAAUUGUGUAUUCCGUAGACACAUGUUGCAGAUAUUAUUGUGCAUUUUAACAAUUUAAAUUAUACUGUGUA